UGGAACCCUAUGGGCAGGUGGGGUUCUAGCCCCGCCCCCUCACAAUCCAACAGAGGCCCUAGAGACCAGACCAAGUUCUGUGGGAACUUCCUCUCAUCCCAGUGCCUGAUCAAGGGAAGAGGGCAGCACAGCUUUGGGAAGAAUGGAUAAACACGGCGUGAAGAUCCCCUUGUGGAAGAAGGAGCUGGAGCAGCCCGGGACCAGAGAGGCAGAGGCGGAGGCGGAGGCUGCGGAGGAGGCGCCGGAGGAGGACGAGGAGAGGCUGCUGGAGGAACGCGCGGCCGAGAGCGAGGCGGAGGGCGGGGAGGCGGAGGGCGGCGAGGGCCGGGAGCGGGGCUCCGUGUCCUACUAUCCGCUGAGCCAGGAGUCCAGCAUCCUGCAGGUGGCGCUGCUGCGGAGCGCGGACAGCGGCUUCUGGGGCUGGUUCAGCCCCUUAGCACUGCUCGGCGGCCUGGCCCCUCCCGCCAACAGGAAGCGGAUCCCCCCGGAGGAGCCGUGCGUGCUGGAGACGCGGCGGCGGCGGCUGCGCGGCGGGGGCUGCGCGCGCUGCGAGAUCCUUUUCUGCAAGAAGUGCAGGAACCUGCACAGCUCGCAGAGCUACGUGGCGCACUGCCUUCUGGAGCACCCGGAUCUGCCGGAGGCGCGGGCUUCUGGAGGCGCGGGGGCUGCCGUGGGCCUUUGA